CUCGGAACUAAAACCGACCUAUAAUCUCGGCCGCAGUAUCCUCUGGCUGAGUCAGCUUCAUCUUCCAAGGAUGGCCCAUAACAACAGAAUCCACUAAACUGAAUGGGCGGUAACUCCUCUCAACAGAAAGAUACUAAUAACAACUCUAAACCGUAAACAUCGGAGCCACUCCACCCUAUUCGCCUAUAAAAUACAAAGAAACGUAACCCACAGGGCAGACAACUCUCACUCCUGAUUAUUAUAUUUUCCUUUCUAUAAUCAGCGCAUAUUCUUACUUGAGCGUCGGAGUGCUUUUUGCAGGUACUCCCGCCGCCGUGUUUCAGAGAUAUCUGAGGACCAGUUACUGCGCUUGCCCCGGCCGGCGUAUAAGUUCGUCCAGGCCAAGUAGACCUCAAGGACAAGCACACUCCUCGGAUCAUUCAGGACGGAACAUUUGGCGCCCACCGUGGGGCCGAGUCAAGCUAACCCUACUUAUUUCUACUAUAUUUCUAUCUCUUGAAGUCUUUCUUUGCAGGAUUACCCUGACCAUAGGUAUGGCCGACAACGGAGUCCCUCAGCUCACACAAGCCGACCUCAUGGCCCAGAUGGUUGAACUUCAAGCAGAGGUCAAGAGACUGGCCGAGCUGUCGGCACAAAACAGCGCCAACAAACAGGAUGAGGGCAAUCCCAAAAGCUCGUCCCAGAGUGCGGCUGACUUGUUAAUCGCCAACCCUCCAAAAGAGAGACUGACGUUGGAUAACCCCUUCUCUGAGGAAAUCACAAAUUUUCAGAUGCCAAAACACUUCACACUACCCUCCUCACUCGAGCCCUAUAAGGGGAUUGGUGACCCCCGGGCUCACAUUAAGAAAUUUCAGUCAAUGAUGUUUUUUAACGGCCCUAACAAUGAACCUGUAUUUUGCAGAGCUUUCCCGACUUACCUUGACGGGGCCGCUUUACUUUGGUUUUCGAAAUUACCUGCAGGUUCGAUCUCCUCUUUCGAAGAAUUGGCAAAGUCUUUCAUCGACUAUUUUGCUGCGGCACGAAUAUACGUCCACGGAUCGGAUUAUCUUGGCACAAUUCGCCAAGGUCCUCAGGAGAGCUUGAAGGACUAUUUGACCAGAUUUGCAGAGGCGACAAUGGAGAUACCCGACUUGGACCCCGCCGUCUACCUACACGCACUUAAGGCCGGUCUCCGACCUGGAAAGUUUAGGGAAACCAUCGCGAUCACCAAACCACGGACAUUGGAAGAGUUCAGGGAGAGGGCGGCAGGACAAAUGGAAAUCGAAGAAUUACGCGAGGCCAACAAAACGGAAAGAAGACCCAGGAGAGAAGAAGACCGAACACCAAGGUCGCCCCAUAACAAAGACCUCGGCAAACCAUUCAAACUUACUCCGAAAUUUGACAAUUACACCAGAUUCAACACGAGAAGGGAAAGGAUAAUCAAAGAAAUACUCAAUGCCAAAAUCAUAAAACUUCCAGUAAGAGCAGGUAGUUAUCAAGACCAGAGGUUCGUAGACAAAAGCAAAUACUGUGCUUUCCACCAGAAAUACGGACACACGACCGACGAAUGCAUAAUAGCCAAAGACCUCUUGGAGAGACUUGCUCGACAAGGCCUACUAGACAAGUACAUUGAAGGAAGAAAACAUAAAGGGGAUGAUAGAGACAAGGAGGAGCGACAACCGACCCCAGUCGACAAAGAAACUAACAAAUGGUCGAAUAGCAACCAACCCAAAGCAGUCAUAAAUUGCAUAUCUGGAGGAUUUGCCGGAGGCGGUGAAACAACAUCGGCAAGGAAACGCAGUUACCGAGCUAUGUUGGCCAUCGAAGGGGCAGCAUCACUAAACAAUCAGGAGACACCAGAUCUAGAAAUCACUUUCAACAAAACAGACAUAUGCUCGGCCGCCCCACACCUAGACGAUCCAGUGGUAAUCUCCAUCCAAAUAGGCGAUCUUUUGGUAAGAAAAGUCCUUUUAGACCCAGGUAGUAGCGCAGACGUUCUCUUUUAUUCUACCUUCUUAAAAAUGAACUUAUCUGAAAAACUGAUACAACCCUCAUCUGGAGAACUAGUGGGGUUCUCCGGAGAAAGGGUACCAAUAAAAGGGUAUAUAUGGCUAAAAACGACAAUAGGUGAAAACCCGUUAUCCCGAACCCUUGAUAUACAAUACCUGAUAGUUGACUGCAUUAGUCCCUAUAAUAUUAUUCUCGGGAGACCUGCUCUGAACAUGUUCAGAGCAGUGAUAUCAACUUUUCAUCUAUGUGUUAAGUUUCAGGCACAGGACGGCAGGAUAGCAACGAUCCACUCGGACCGACAACAAGCUCGGCAAUGCUACAACUCUAGCCUAAAAAGAUCGGACACGAGACGGAGGCAACACGAGGUCAAAGCAAUCCAAACCAGAGAAGAAAUCCUAUCCCUAGCCGAACUUGACCCCCGGGGAGACGCGCAGGAAAGACCCCAACCAACGGACGAACUUCAGAAAAUCCAACUGACAUCAAAAUCAGAACAAGUAACAUACAUCGGUCAAGCACUCCAAGGGCAAGACAGGGCAGAUCUCAUCAAGUUACUACAGGCCAACUCUGACCUGUUCGCUUGGACCCCAGCCGACAUGCCAGGAAUCGAUCCAGACGUCAUCUGUCACAAACUCGCCACCAACCUGUCAAGCCGACCUAUAGCUCAGAGGAAAAGAAACCUCGGAGCAGAGAAGUCAAAGGCAGCCUUAGAGGAAACCACUAAACUCUUACAAGCCAAUUUCAUCAGGGAGAUCCGCUUCACCACAUGGCUCUCAAAUGUGGUAAUGGUAAGAAAGAACUCAGGUAAAUGGCGCAUGUGCGUCGAUUUUACAGAUUUAAAUAAAGCAUGCCCUAAAGAUGCCUACCCUUUACCAUGCAUUGACAAGCUUGUCGACAACGCAUCAGGUUUCGAAAGCUUAAGCUUCAUGGAUGCAUACUCUGGGUAUAAUCAGAUACUCAUGCAUCCUGAAGACCAAAGCAAAACAGCAUUUAUAACCGAGCAUGGAAACUUUUGUUACCAAGUAAUGCCAUUUGGCUUAAAGAAUGCAAGUGCAACCUAUCAACGCUUAAUGGACAAAGUCUUCCAUCACCAAAUAGGACGCAACAUGGAAAUCUACGUAGACGACAUGGUCGCCAAGACCAGAAAAGAAGAAUCGCAUUGCGAAGACCUCGGCGAGAUAUUCGAACAAAUCCGAGCUUAUAAUAUGAGACUAAACCCGGAAAAGUGUGCCUUUGGGGUAAAAGGAGGAAAGUUCCUUGGAUUCAUGCUUACCUCACGAGGAAUCGAGGCAAACCCUGAGAAGUGUUCGGCAGUCCUCAAUAUGACGAGCCCUAAAACAGUAAAAGAAGUACAAAAACUGGCCGGAAGGAUAGCGGCGUUAUCUCGAUUUUUACCUGUGGCAUCAAACCGAGCAUAUCACCUUUUCCAAACAAUAUCGAAGAACAAAAAGUUUCAUUGGACAGAAGAAGGCAAGAAAGCAUUCUCCGAGCUUAAAGCAAUUCUAUCAACACCACCCGUGCUGCAAAGACCAGAAAUCGGGAAAACACAACAGCCAGUGUACUUUGUCAGCAGAGUCAUGCAACCAACAGAGCAACGAUAUCCGAGGAUAGAACAACUCGCCUUAGCACUGGUAAUCACAGCAAGGAGACUUAGACACUACUUCCAAAGCCACACAAUCAUAGUGAGGACAAACCAACCACUAAGACAGAUACUGACGAAGCCAGAACUGGCCGGACGCCUCACCAAAUGGUCCAUUGAACUUUCAGAGUUCGACAUCCAGUUCCAACCUAGGUCGGCACUCAAAGCACAAGUGCUGGCUGACUUCAUCUCAGAACUAACGACUAAUGAACACGACAAGUCUUGGGAACUUCAUGUUGACGGAGCAUCAAGCCGAGAAGGAAGUGGAGCAGGGGUAAUCCUCAAGGAGGGAGACAAAGUAAUAGCCGAACAAGCACUCCAAUUCCAUUUCCCAGCCAGCAACAACCAAGCCGAAUAUGAAGCCCUCAUUGCAGGACUCAAACUCGCCUUGAGCCUCCAAGUACGAAGCUUGACAACACAUUGCGACUCCCUCCUCGUGGUGCAACAAAUCCGAGGAGAAUUUCAGGUAAAAGAUCCCUUGCUAGAGCAAUACUGGCUCAUAGCAAAGGAUCUUAUUUCAAAAUUCGACGCAUUUAGCAUACUGCAUGUUUAUAGAGGAAAAAAUAUGAGAGCGGAUGUACUAUCCAAGCUCGGAGCCACUAGGGCAGACACACAAACAUCCACACUAACACAACUCUCACUAAAAAAGCCGAGCACUGAUUUAUUACAUAUGGAGAACAUUAACCACCUCCAUGAUUGGAGGACUCCUUUUCUUGAAUACAUUAAUACAGGCGCUAUACCAAGAGACGAACUCAAACCACAGCACUUCAGACGAAAGGCAAGCUUUUAUACGAGCAUAGAAGGAAAACUAUAUAGACGAGGACUCUCACAACCCCUGCUAAAAUGCUUAAGCAAAGACGAAGCAAAAGAAGUAAUGGACGAAGUCCACGAAGGAGUCUGUGAAAACCACAUCGGCGGACGAGCACUGGCAGCUAAGAUCGUCCGAACCGGAUAUUACUGGCCAACCAUAAAAAGGGAUUGCAUAACAAAAGUCAAAACAUGUGACAACUGUCAGAAACAUGCAGCUAUUUCCACAAAGCCAGCCGAACUACUACAUAGCAUGGAGGUAAGCUGGCCAUUUCACAGAUGGGGGCUCGAUAUCCUCGGUCCAUUCCCAAUAGCGCCAGGCCAGGUAAAAUUUCUUUUAGUAGCAAUAGAUUAUUUCUCAAAAUGGAUAGAGGCGCAACCAUUAGCACGGAUAACAGCUGAAAAGGUACGAUCAUUUAUAUGGAAAAAUAUUAUAUGCCGAUUUGGAAUACCCAGGGAAAUAAUAUAUGAUAAUGGUAGGCAGUUUACAGAUAAUAAACUCUGUUCAUUUCUAAAAAACUUUUACAUAAAGCAUCGUUUUAGCUCGGUCGAGCACCCACAAACCAAUGGGCAGGCUGAGGCUGCUAACCGAGUAAUAUUGCAGGCAAUAAAGAAAAAACUAAACGAUGCAAAAGGAGAAUGGGCGGAACUAAUCCCAGAAAUAUUGUGGGGAUACAACACAACAAUACAAACAACUACGGGCGAGACACCUUUCAAACUAGUCUAUGGGUCCGAAGCACUAAUCCCCAUUGAGGUUGGAGUCCCCACCCUGAGAACCGAGCUAUACGACGAACAACGCAACUUACAGGCAAGGAAUGUCGAACUUGAUCUAGCCGAAGAGACCAGGGAGCUAGCAGCCAUUAGACAAAGAGCAGUAAAACAAAUAAUAGAAAGAAAGCACAACAAAAGGGUAUUGCCGAAGACAUUCACGGAAGGUGACUUGGUCCUCAGACGAACAGAGGUAGCUAGACGUCCCCCAGCUCACGGGAAGCUCACCGCAAACUGGGAAGGUCCAUUCCGAGUAAACAAGGUGCUCGACAUGGGAGCUUACCAACUGCAAACAUUACAAGGCAAACCAAUAUCUGGAACCUGGAAUAUCUCUUCUUUGAAGAUGUACCAAUCUUAAGUUGUACAAAUUGCGGAUGAGGGUACUCUUUUUCCCCUUUAGAGCUUUUUCUCCCGAAAAAUAGGGUUUUUGCCUAAGGAGGGUUUUAAUGAGGCCUGACGCACAAUAUACUCUAUUAUCAAUAAUCAAAU